GAUCACUGCAGUACAACAUGCGGCCACAGGCUGAAAUGUCAGCAAUGUAAACACAGACGUGGAUAUCUCUAGCCUGCAGCCUGGUCCUGCUUUGGAAAUUUGAUGUUGCAGUCGUCAGCAUGGCUUCAACCUCCAGCUUUGCUCCUCCAAAGCUGUCUGAAUACAUCCUUACAGAGCGGCUGGGCAGUGGCACCUAUGCUACAGUCUACAAAGCCUACAGUAAGGGGGACAGUCGAGAGGUGGUGGCAGUGAAGGUGGUUGCGAAGAAGACUCUAAACAAGGCAUCUACAGAAAACCUGCUCACGGAGAUCGAAAUCCUCAAGACGAUGCGUCACCCACAUAUAGUCCAGCUAAAAGACUUCCAGUGGGAUGCUGAGAAUAUUUAUCUGAUCCUGGAGUGGUGUUCAGGAGGAGAUCUCUCCCGCUUUAUUCGCAGCCGCAGGAUUUUACCGGAGAGGGUGGCUCGGCGCUUCCUGCAACAGAUAGCCUGUGCCCUGCAGUUUCUUCAUGAGCGAAACAUUUCACACCUGGACUUGAAACCUCAGAAUAUUCUGCUCAGCGGCUCUAUCCUAAAACUAGCAGAUUUUGGUUUCGCCCAGUACAUGUCACCAUGGGAUGAGCAGAGUGUCUUGAGGGGUUCUCCUCUUUACAUGGCUCCUGAGAUGGUGUGCCGACGCCAGUAUGAUUCCAGGGUGGACCUCUGGUCUGUAGGAGUCAUUCUCUAUGAGGCACUGUUUGGGCGAGCACCAUUUGCAUCAAGGUCGUAUGCUGAAUUGGAGGAGAAGAUCCGGAGUAACCAACCUAUUGAGCUCCCUCCUGGGGCCAGGGUAUCCAAGGACUGCAGAGACCUUCUGUUGCGGCUGCUAGAGCGAAAUCCAGAUGCUCGGAUCACCUUUGCAGAGUUCUUCACCCACCCCUUUGUGGAUAUGGAGCACAUGCCGAGUGCGGAGAGCCUAGUGAAAGCGAAGGAGCUGGUCCAGCAGGCCGUUCGGAAGGACCAGGAGGGGGAGAGGUCUGCUGCCCUCUCUCUGUACUGCAGUGCCCUUGAGCACUUUGUCCCCUCCAUUCACUACGAGACAGACCGACAGCGCAAAGAUGCCCUCAGGCAGAAGGUCAGCCAGUAUGUAUCGCGAGCCGAGGAGCUGAAAGCCCUGGUGGCCUCAGACAACAGACUGAGCUUUGAGGAGGCCCGGACCGCAAGGGAUGUCCUCCGAGAAAUGUCUCGAGACCAACCACGGCUGCUGGCUGCUCUGGAGAUGGCCUCCGCUGCUAUUGCUAAGGAGGAGAGUGGAUCGGACGAUCAGGAAGCCCUGGAUGUGUACCAACAGUGCUUAGGAGAGCUACUGUUGGCGCUAGCAGCCGAGCCCCAGGGCCGCAGGCGAGAGCUGCUCCAUAAUGAGAUUAAAAGUCUCAUGUCUAGAGCUGAAUACCUCAAAAAGCAUAUCAAGAUGCAGGAGACUCAGAGGGACGUGUCUCUGGAACGAGAACCUCUUGCGGACUCCGUCAGAAGCUCUUGCUGUUUGCAGUGAGCUUGACGGCCACCGUGGGAACUGGCUGCUACGCCCCACAGAGCAUCAGACACAGAGCCUUCACCUGACCAGGUUUUUUUUUUUUUUUCCGAGGCCAAAUCAAACCCGCAUCACACCUCACCCUAACUAACUCAGAACGCUGUCCGGGUGGGAUAUUACAGUUGCCAGCCAAACGUGGUCAAUGUUUUGGUUGUUGCUGGAAAGUUGAUGAUUUGGCAGGCUGAGAAGUUGUGUUUAUACUUUUUGAGGGAAAAAAGUUUGGCUGAAAUACUGAAAGUAGCUCUUGAAUUUUGGAUUUGCACACUGGUGAAUGUGAAAGUUAGUUCCCUGCUCUUUACACGAUGUUGUUCCUCAGCCUCAAAUCCCUCCUCCUGAUACACCAUUGAUAUGUAAAUGCUGGACAGCUUGUAUGACAAUACCACACUGUCAUGGUAAGCGAGUUAAACAGAGACUGUUGCAUUUAUUGUUGUGCCAAUCAUUCAACAGUGUUUGCAGCACACCUAAAAA